GACCAGGCCAACAAUCCCGGCGUGGUAACCGCAUCAAAAUAGCGUUUUUGAGCACCAUGCUUUAUUCAUGGCGCCAACCUUCCUCCCUUCUUCAACCUCUUAUAUAUCCUUCUAACCCCUAACUCUCCUCCAACAUCAAACCUUUCAUCAAUUUCAAAAUGAACCAUCUUCUUCCACUCUUCUUCUUCUUCUUCUUCAAGCUAUCUUACAGCCAAAUUCUUCCCCUAACCAUUUUAAACUCCACCAUUACCUCUCCCCGCCUUGAAACCUACAUCAUCCACCUCCGAAAACCAAAUUCCAUCCAUCCCUUCACCGCAGAAGACCAUCUAAACUACCACAAAUCCUUCCUCCCCACCUCUUCCUUAACCUCCGGCGAGCCCCGCCUCAUCUACUCCUACCAAAACGCCAUCAUCGGCUUCGCCGCAAAGCUCACCUCCGACGAAGCCAUUUCCCUCGAGCAAAACAAUGGCGUCCUCCACAUCAUUCCCGACAGACUCCUCUCCCUCCACACCACCCACAUCUCCGAUUUCUUAAACCUCCAUCCUAAAAGCUGCUUCAUGAAAGAUGCCAACUUUGGCAAAGGAUCCAUCAUCGGAAUCCUCGACACGGGUAUCUUCCCCACCCAUCCUUCCUUCAAAGACAUCGGGAUCUCUCACCCUCCCCCAACUAAAUGGAAAGGCCAUUGCGAAUUCAAACCAGCCAUGUGCAAUAACAAAAUCAUCGGAGCUAAAUCCUUCAUCCAUGGCCAAAAGGACCCGCCUUUUGAUUCCGACGGUCACGGCACCCAUGCCGCUAGUAUUGCCGCCGGCUGGCUUGUGAAAAACGCCGGCGUUCUCGGAAACGCGCGGGGAACGGCGGCUGGGAUUGCCCCUGCGGCUCACCUCUCCAUUUACAGAGCAUGCCAAUCUAACGGUUGUUUGGCUAGCGAUGUGUUAGCAGCUAUCGACCAGGCUAUCUCUGACGGCGUCGAUGUUCUCUCUAUUUCUCUCGGCGGCGCCGCCAUUCCUUUCUAUGACGACGCUGUAGCCAUUGGAGCUUUAGCCGCCGUUGAAAGAGGGAUUUUUGUCAGCAGCUCAGCCGGGAACGCCGGCCCUGUUUCGGCGACUGUGGAGAACGAUGCUCCAUGGAUGCUCACCGUCGGCGCCGAUUCAACGGACCGAGCAAUCCGCGCCACGGUGUUGCUGGGAAACGGAGAAGAACUUAACGGCGAAUCUUCUUAUCAGCCAGUUGGAUUCACCUCUGUUUUGCUUCCGAUAGCUUACCCAGGGGCUCGAGGCGGCUCGCGUGCAAAGACUUGCAGCGAUGGAUCUCUGAACCGGCUUAAUGUUCGGGGAAAGAUCGUUCUUUGUCACACAGGGGGAUCGAACACCAGUAUAGAAAAAGGAGCCGUUGUCACGAAAGCCGGCGGUGUUGCUAUGAUUCUUGUUAACGAUGAGAUGCGGCGGAGCACCGUGGAAGCUGGAGCACAUGUGCUGCCAACGGCCGUCGACGGCGAAUCCGACGGCCACGAUUCAUUUCAAGGGGACAGUGUACGGUUCAUCGCCGGCGCCGGCGGUAGCUGAUUUCUCCGGCCGUGGUCCCAGCGCUGUGAAUGAGGGAAUUUUGAAGCCAGACAUUGUUGGUCCAGGAGUCAACGUGGCGGCGGCGUGGCCAUUUCCGGUGGGUCCGCCGGCGCUCGAUGCCGGAAACAUGACUUUGCCGACGUUUAACAUGGUGUCGGGGAGUUCGGCAGCGGCGGCGGGGGUGGGCGGGGGGGGGCCAGGUGUGGAGCUAUCGCAUCCGGAUUGGUCGCCGGCGGCGAUAAAGUCGGCGAUGAUGACGACGGCGGACGUGUUGGAUCGUGACGGAGGGGUGAUUGUCGAUGAAACGCUCGGCGAAGCAGGAUACUUCGCCGUUGGAGCAGGGCAUGUGAAUCCUACGAAAGCGGAUGAUCCGGGACUGGUCUAUGAUCUUCAACCUGGAGAUUACGUGCCGUAUCUCUGCGGAAUGGGAUACACAGAUAAGCAGGUGUCGACCAUUACACGACAGACGGUGGAGUGCUCGAUGUUCGAGACUAUCGUUGCAGAGGAGCUGAACUACCCAUCGAUCUCAGUGGCGAUGGGUUCGAACAUGGAGAAAACAGUGAUGAGGACUGUGAGGAACAUAGGGGAGGAAGAGGCCGUGUAUUCGGUGCAAAUUAGGGCUCCGGAAGGGGUGGAGGUGACUGUUUAUCCGGAGAAGUUAGGGUUUUCAGAGAUGAAUCAGAGCAGGAGCUUUAAUAUAUAUUUCAGCACAGGAAAUGUGGGAGAAAGGAGAGGAACGGUGGCGCAAGGGCAGCUCAGGUGGGUUUCCAACAAGCAUAUUGUGAGGAGUCCUCUCUUGAUUUCUUUUGUUUGAUUGAGAUUAUCAUGGUUUUGCUUACUAUGUGUGUAUGUGGGUUUUUAUUUUAUUUUUAUUUAUUUUGUUGCUCAUUAUAAUAAAAAUGUGUUUUUUAUUUUUGUUUCAAGUUGUCAACUUUAUUUGAAUGCAAGUGUUAAUGUGAUUUGGACCAAUCAAAUAAAAGAUUUAUUACUA